CUUGCCCAUGCUACCUGAUCACACUCGCAAGCUGCAGCUGUGCCUGGAUUCACUUCUCAGUGACAAGCUGCUCAGAGAGCACCUAUUGCCGAGCACGAUCAUCUGCUGCUCUCUUCUCUCCUCCUUUCAGGGUGUACUGCUGUCCAUCAGGAGACAUAAUUAAUGGGUUUAUCAUGUAUGAAAGCAUCAUGGCAUCAGUUUUUGCUCUCUGAUCUGAACAGCUCCUAUCAGCUCUUCUUUCAUGCCAAGUGCACUCCCUGUCCAGAGAUACGAUGCAGCCGCACUUCCUUUUGGAUUUUUCCCUCCCUGUUCAAACACCAGUGCACUAGAACUAUGUGUCACCGGAGCACAAGGAGGACAAAAGAAAUCCCUUCGCCUUCUGCAGAAAGGAAACUCAUGGACUGAAAAGUUGGUAAAGAGACAACCAAGGGAAUCAAGAGGGUGCACAAGAACAUCUAUGCUUGUGGUUCAGGUAAGAAUUUUAAAGCAGCAUAAUUUGGGAGCAUGUGUUAUUCUGAAAUAUGGACAAGCAUAACUUUUCCAGAGGGUAAAACAUCUAUAGAAACAACCAGGAUUUCUCUUUGCUGAAACAUUCAAUGAAUUUUUAAUAAGUUCUAAAUACUGUGGUCAGAUCAACUGCUGUUAUCCGAUAAAGGAAAAUUCAGCCCUCGAUUUCUAUAAUCCUAUCCAAAUGGAGUCUUCAUCUGUCACGUGUUGUCCUAGCUAAUGCUAUGGGGUUAUCAGGACUAGAGACAGACACCCUGCAAGAAAUGAGAUGCACUGGUAGAAGCGAACACCAAAGGAGACUAGAGGAGGCAUUUCAGGGAUCGAAGCUGCCCGUUUCCAGCCAGAGUUCAACUUACUGAGCUUCAAAGCAGCCACUGCCAGAUACUGGCCAAGAAGAGGUGAGGAAGAACAGAGAACUGCAACCUCAGACUUAACUUUUAAUGUAGUUCUUACACCAGGAUGGAAGGGGAAGCGUACCCCAAUGCAACCACUGUCAAUGGCACCCCAGGAAAUCACCAGCCUUUGGAAUACCAUCAGGUGUGGGAGGUCGUCACCAUUGCAGCUGUGUCUGCAGUGGUCAGCCUGAUCACCAUCGUGGGCAAUGUUCUGGUCAUGAUCUCCUUCAAAGUCAACAGUCAGCUCAAGACAGUUAACAAUUAUUACCUGCUCAGCCUAGCCUGUGCGGAUCUCAUCAUUGGGGUCUUCUCCAUGAACCUCUACACUACCUACAUCCUCAUGGGCCGCUGGGCUCUUGGGAGUCUGGCUUGCGACCUCUGGCUUGCUCUGGACUACGUGGCCAGCAAUGCAUCUGUCAUGAACCUCCUGGUGAUCAGUUUUGACCGUUACUUCUCCAUCACCAGACCGCUUACAUAUAGGGCCAAGCGGACUCCAAAGAGGGCAGGCAUCCUGAUUGGCUUGGCCUGGUUGGUCUCCUUCAUCCUCUGGGCACCCGCAAUCCUCUGCUGGCAGUACCUGGUUGGGAAGCGGACAGUGCCCCCAGACGAGUGUCAGAUCCAGUUCCUCUCUGAGCCCACCAUCACUUUCGGCACAGCCAUUGCUGCCUUCUAUGUCCCUGUGUCUGUCAUGACUAUUCUUUAUUGCCGAAUCUACCGGGAAACAGAGAAGCGAACCAAAGAUCUGGCUGAGCUCCAGGGCUCUGACUCCGUGGCUGAGGCUGCGAAGAGAAGGCCAGCUCCCAGGGCUCUGCUAAGGUCCUGCUUCAGCUGUCCUCACCCCACCUUGGUGCAGAGGGAAAGGAGCCAGGCCUCCUGGUCCUCCUCCCGCAAGAGCACCUCCACGUCAGGGACGCCAUCCCAAGCCACCGGCCACAGCGCCCACUGGGCCAAAGUAGGGCAACUGGCCACUGGCAGCAGAUACCCCGUCCCUGAGGAUGAGGCCCAGCCCCCCGCUGACCCUGUCUUCCAAGCGGUCUACAACAGUCAGGCCAAGGAAAGUCCGAGGGAAGAACUCAGUGCUAAGGAGGCCAAGGAGAAGGCUGUCAAAGCUCAAAGGGAAAAAACUGACUACGACAUCCCAAAAUACUUCCUGUCUCCAGCUGCUGCUCACAGACUCAAGAGUCAAAAAUGUGUGGCCUAUAAGUUCCGACUGGUAGUUAAAGCUGACGGGACCCAGGAAACCAAUAACGGCUGUCGCAAAGUGAAAAUCAUGCCCUGCUCCUUCCCAGUGUCCAAGGGCACUCCCUCGAAAGGCCUCGAGCCCAACCUCAGCCACCAAAUGACCAAACGGAAGCGAAUGGUCCUUGUCAAAGAGAGGAAAGCAGCCCAGACCCUGAGUGCCAUUCUGCUGGCCUUCAUCCUCACGUGGACGCCCUAUAACAUCAUGGUUCUGGUUUCCACCUUCUGUGACACGUGUAUCCCCGUCACCCUGUGGCACUUGGGCUACUGGCUGUGCUAUGUCAACAGUACAGUCAACCCCAUCUGCUACGCCCUCUGCAACAGAACCUUCAGGAAGACCUUUAAGAUGCUGCUUCUCUGCCGAUGGAAGAAGAAGGUGGAGGAGAAGUACUGGCAGGCCAACAGCAAGCUGCCCUGAGGAGUUAAGGACCUUCCAAGAAAAUUGGCUAUGUCUAGUUUGCCUGUUUUAAAACAUCAUCUGUACUUUUUAGGCCCUGAAGUGUUGUAGGGGCUCAAGGUCUGCUGCCAAAAGGAAGAAUUCACGUCUGCAAUAAGUGCUGCCCUGUCUAACGAUUCCCAUCUAUGGUGAAGGCCACCCAGUGACCUUGGAGUCUGACUCCCAGCCCUCAUCAGACGCACACUUGUUAGAGUGCAACAUAACUUAGGAGACUUUUGUCAGACCUUCUGUGGGGAACCGCAGGGACUGGGUGGAAAUCUUGCCCGGUGGAAGCCAGGCCUAGGGUUUUUCUGUUGACUGGUACCAGUGAGAACCAGGAAAAAUCUACAUCAGUAUCACCCAUUAGCAAGAGUGAUAUUUAACUAGCUUCUAAGAAUACCCUUCUUCCCUGAUUGAUGAGUGUCCAUCAUGGAGCUACUAUGUGGGCUGUAUGUCCCCUGUCCCUAGUCUAAGUGAAGCCCUCACUCUUUUCAUUUAUAUUUGUGCUGAUUCCCGCACCCAGGAAAACCAUGUGGAUCUCCACAGAACCAUCCCUCCUCCCAGGACCCUGGACCACACUCCGUCCUCCAACAGGGCUUUUUCUGCUGAUAAAGAUGACCGAGUCCCCACAGUCAGUUAUUUUUGUUUUCACCAGUGGGAAUUUCCCCCCUUCUAACGAAACACACUGCGUGCGGUCUACAUCAUGCUCUUUUGAAGCCCUUUUGUACGCUGCUUUCAGGAGGCCUCGCUGUGUAACCGCCCUCCGCUGGUAAAGAUCUCUGACCUUGUUGAAUAGCCUGCUUUUUAAUCUCUUCACAAACCAAACCUGAGGCAAAAUGUGAAGAACAAAUUUAGUUUCAGUCCAGACUUUUGAAUUUCUUUAGGCGCCCUUUUGAAAGUCCUCAGUUUCUCUCUUCCAAACCCCCAGUUCACACCUGCGCAAGCAGGUCGCUGCACUCCCUGCGGCAGAAGUACUGCCUGAGGCAAACAGAAGAGAAAGGAUUUCUGUCUUUUUAAAAUAGGUUCUUCAAAGAACUUAAAUGACUGACUUUUUCAUUUCUGUCCGAAUUCAGUCAAAAAGAAGAGCAGCCCAGGAAAGCACCAUUGAGGGCUGUGGUCUUUAGCACUUCAGCCAGGGAGGGAGCUGAGUGGUGAGCACUGUUCCCUCCCACGUCCAGCGCCCAGUACCACAAAACCAAAUGAACAAAAAAUCCCCUCUGGUGUGGUGUAUGUCUGGAUGUCCCCCCAAAGCUUCAUGCACUCAUGGGGGCAGGCUUCUGGAAUUUGUGAAUGAUGCAUGGCCCAGUCCUGGGGUGAUGAGGAUGAAGCUACAUCCAAGUGGAUGUGGCCUACGUACAAUAUAAGGGACAGUGUCUUCUCUCCACACUCCUCCCUUUCUGCUCUUGCUGCUUUUGGUGUCUGCCACUGCCAUGAACUGUUGCACUCUGCCAAGAGCCAUCCUGCCUUGGAGCCAGCCAGGUAUGGACUGAAACCUCCACAAAUUGUGAACUAAAUAAACCUUUCCUUCCUUCAUUUUAGGCAAAAAGUAACCAAGACACCCUCCCUCUUUAAAAAGAAAAUUUAACUCAUGAUAAUGCAUCCAAUUAAAAGUUAUCAAUAUAUGUUAGGACACUGGGAUUAUAAAAUCUUUUGAGUAUUUGAGUAUAUAUAAAUAAACCAAAUCCAAGAUGCUUUUUUUUUUUUUUUUUUUUUUUUAGACAGGGUUUCACUAUGCAGUUCAGCCUGGCCUUAAACUCCCUUUGUAGCACGGGUUGGCCUCACAGUGAUCCUCCUGCUUUGGUCUCCUGAGUGCUGCGAUUAUAAGUGUGUGCCACCAUUCCAGGCUGGAGAUGCCUCUUUGAUGAUUCUGAAAUAAACCAAGGUGCAAAAAAUUGAUGCUGUGAAAUGGUACAAGCUGAGGGGUUGAAAGAUGGACACUCCUGUCAGAAGCUCAACCUUCAACCUCUCUUCCAGCCCGAUAGAGACCCACAUUGGGGUGAACCCUGUAGGAUGCACCGCAGCUGCUGCACCUUUGGGAAGGGCAAGUUGACACCUGCCAAGACAGAGAGGCGCUCCAGCCUGUGUGGUAUCACCCAGGUGAGAGCUCAUGGGCAGACCUGCUCCACCAGCUCUAAGUGAACAGUGGACUCAGCUGGGCGUGGCUCCUGACAAUGAAAAUCCCUCCGCGAGAAUCUCACUGUAAUGUUGGCCACUCAUCGCUCACAGUAAAGAGAUUUUCCCUUUCAGACAAAAGAAUCCACACAUCUAGAAUGGGGAUGGGAAGCUGCUGAGGCACACUUCACACUCUGCAGCUUCCCUUCAUCGUUUGUGAAAUUAACAAAUGGAACUGUGUUCCUUUUUAUCACUGCCUUGGGAAGGCAGGCAGUUUUGUGGACUAUCCAACGCCCUUGACAUGGGCAAACAAAUAUCCCAAAGCACUAGGGAAAACGAGACUUUUCUACAGUAGGGUCUUGAGUGGGAGCCUCGGAAUAAACAGAAUGAAACUGUAAACUACAGAGAUGAGGGAGUGGUGUGUGGGGCGAAGCUGACUUCAGGUCUUAGGCCUCCUGUGCUCCCCGUCUCCCAGGCGCUGCCAGUGGUCACUAUGUACAGCUGUGGCUUAUUUCCUAGUGGAUGCUGUCAUGCUGCUAACAAUGGCUGUGCAUUUAAUGGCUUGUCAUGGAAUCUUUAUUUUCUGAAUAAUUUUUGGUUACACGAAGCAUUUUGUCAAUACCCCCAGCCUUUGGUUAUGCAAAGUGUUUUGUCAGUUCUCCUCUGAGUGAAUGUCUGUUAGGAUGAGGCUGAUAUCACCUCUUUGUAAUUGUGAGAGCUGAACCUAAACCUCUGCAUUGGAAUACCCGCUUGUCUACUUGUAAAUAUUGGUAUUACAGCAAAGAAUUUGUAUUGUACUAGCAUUAUUCUGGAUAUUAAAGAAAUGUAACCAUGCAGCGGUCCAAAGCGAAGCACUUAAAUAAAGGUCUCAUCUCAGGCUA